AUGGACAGUGACUUAAUCAAUGGAGUCCUGUUCUUGGACUUGAAAAAAGCUUUUGACACUGUCGACCAUGAAAUCUUAUUAAAGAAACUUCACCUAUACGGCAUAAAAGGAACUACUUACGCAUGGUUUGAAUCUUACAUCCAAAAUAGAAAAUCGAUUUGUUUAAUGAAUGGGAAAAAAUCACAUGCUAGAGAAAUUAGGUGUGGGGUACCACAAGGUUCUAACCUUGGCCCCAUCCUAUUCCUCUUGUAUAUUAACGAUCUACCUAAGUGUCUAGAAACAACCAAGGCUAACUUGUUUGCUGAUGAUACAAAUCUUUCGUGUGCCGGCUUAGAUGCCAAUGAAAUCGAGACUAAACUUAAAAGAGAUCUUGAGAAUGUUCAUAGUUGGCUUAGAUGUAACAAGCUCACGCUAAACGAUAGCAAAACGGAAUUUAUGAUAAUUGGCUCUAGACAUCAUCUUACUAAAUUUGAAGACAACCCAGAGAUUUCAUUAGCCAUACGAGAUAAUAAUAUUAAACGGGUCACCAAUAAAAAAUCUCUUGGUUUUAUCAUCGACGAUCAAUUAAA